CGCAGAUGGCCAUUGCAUCGCUUUAGUUGAUCAGAAAGAUAACCAGAAAUACAUUUCUACCCUUGGACUCACAUAGAUUGUUCUCUCUCGUUCUAUUUGUCGAGUUUAUAUUUUGUACUGACUGUGUAUCACUUGUUCACCGUGUCCAGUUUCUCCAAUAUUUACCAUUAUGUCUCAUGGUGGCAGAAAUGAGUGUAGAAUUUACGUAGGAAAUUUACCCCCAGAUAUCAGAACAAAAGAUAUUCAAGAUUUGUUUUAUAAAUUCGGCAAAGUUACAUUUGUUGACUUGAAAAAUCGUCGAGGACCACCAUUUGCCUUCGUUGAAUUUGAUGACCCGAGGGAUGCUGAAGAUGCUGUUCAUGCUAGAGACGGCUACGACUAUGAUGGAUACAGACUGCGAGUAGAAUUCCCUCGGGGUGGAGGUCCUAGUAAUAACUUCCGCGGAGGUCGCGGAGGCGGUGACAAUAGCAGAGGAGGUCGUGGAGAUAUGGGAAACUCAAGAGGGCGAGGUCCACCUGCACGUAGAUCGCAGUACAGAGUCCUUGUAACUGGAUUACCUCCAUCUGGUAGCUGGCAGGAUUUAAAAGACCACAUGCGAGAAGCCGGGGAUGUAUGUUUUGCUGACGUUUACAAAGAUGGUACGGGUGUUGUAGAAUUUCUUCGGUAUGAAGACAUGAAAUAUGCAGUCAAAAAAUUAGAUGACUCAAGAUUUCGAUCCCAUGAGGGUGAAGUUGCUUACAUCAGAGUAAAAGAAGAUCAUGCUACGGGUGAACGUGGUCGCAGUGAAGAUCGCGAAAGAGGUCGCAGCCGUUCACGAAGUUACAGUCCACGUCGUCGAGGCUCACCAACUUAUUCCCCAUUACGACGCAAUUAUUCGCGAUCAAGAUCACGUUCCAGGUCUCGUUCGUACGACUAGUGUGUACGUAUAUGUCUCACAUGAUACAAUAAUCGAAAAUUGAACGACUCCUUUGCUUUGCCACGUCUCACUAUUUUUUUAUGUGGAUAUUAAUUAUCUUCUUUCCAAUUUAAAUGAACUGAAAUGAUGCUACCCCUAAAUAUUUUAUCUAAUAAUUAUUUUUACAUUAGAAAUGGUUGUUAUUUCGUUUUCAAUUUAAUUGAGUUAAAAACAUUUACGUCUACAAUGACGUAGACAUAAAAGUAUAUACAUACUUAUUAAGAAUAUGGAAGGAUUAAUAUAAUUAUGCUGAACGAAUUUUUCAUGAUUGCAUCAUUAAAUUUAUAACAUUUCUAAAAUUAAUUCUAUUAGAGUAAUACAUUCCGUUGAGCUCAUUUUCGUUUUUUUUUUUUUAAAUAUUUUUAAGUUAUUUUAACCGUCUGACGAUCGUACGAAAUAAAAACAUUGAAUUAUAUUUUAAAAAUGAAUGGACGCCCAAAAUCAAAUAAAUAUCGUCUUCUCUAGAUGGCCAACUCAUGGUUGAACCAAAAAUUUUUUACGUAACAGUUUAAUCCAUUUCAAUUAGUAUAAACAUCAAUAACUUUUGAUAAUUGUAAUCUAUAAUUAAUUUUAAAAUUAACUUUUGGAAAUAUAUGAGAGAAUUCAAAAGAUCAUCAAAAAUAUAGCCUACUUGAAACUAAACACAUUUUUUAGGCAAACUUGUGAGUGCUCAGUCAUAACUAUAUAUAAUAUUUGAAAUCAAAUCUUUGAACUUUAGUAUCAACUAUUUUUUUUUGUUUACUUGGUUGUGGUUUUUUUUCUUUGUACAUAUCGAUAAAAGCGUUCGUAAUAUAGUUUUUUAUUUAUUAAUCUCCACCCUUGUCAGUUUUCGUUGUAGAAUUAACUUUUAAUUCGAAUGCAUAUAUAUAUAUAUAUAUAUAUAUAUAUAUAUAUAUAUAUAUAUAUAUAUAUAUAUAUCGUUCCUCUACCUUAAAAAAAAUCAUUUCAUCCAAUAGAUUCUCAUAGAUUUUUUAUAAGAAUGAAUUUCUACAUUUUGUUACUUGAAAAAAAAAACUGUUUUCGGAAAGAGGUUCGAAUGUGUGCGUAUGGGUGGAUGUGAAAAAAAUGGUCUUUUUGAACUAUAUUUUUCAGAUGAUUUAAUCGAUUGAAACGAGUCUUGGUUCUGUAAUAAUUAAACCGAAGACAGUUCAACUGAACGACAUUUCAACUGAAAAUAACCUGGACCCCCUUAUUUAGGUGUCCUCGUAUCAGGGAUUUUUUGUCGAUUAAACCCUGAUUAAAAACUCCGAUUGAAAGUCUAUCGGAUUUCAAUCUGAUCCGAACUGUCGUUCGGUUGAAGUGUCUUCGGUUUAAUAGUCGCGGCACCCGAUUCUUGCAGCAACAAAAAUAAUUUAUUUAAAGUUUGAUCGAGUUUAAAUUAAAAACUAAUUGAUAGAAAAAUUUCAAAGUAUUUCAAAAAUUAAAUCAUUAAUUAUAAAUCCAAUAUAUUUCACGGGUCAUUUAGAUUUUAGUUUUAAAGAACUCGUUCGACUGCUACAAAAAUUAUUUAAAUUCCUCAUUUCGUUAAAAAAGUAUUUGAAGCGAAACAGCUCAAAAAUAUAUGUUUAAUAAUUUUUUUGAUCUCGUGAGAAGAAAAGUGCUAGGACUUCGUAAUCCAAAUGUUCUCAUAGAAUCCACUCAAAUGGGUCAAAAAAUCGCAUAGAGACCAAUACGUCCAUUGGUUUUUGAUCCAUUGAAGUGGAUUCUGUGUGAACUUUUGAUAGGGUGGCAAAAACGGUUAAUCAAUUUUUUUUUUUUUGUUUUUUCAAAAUAGUUUCCGCUUUAUCAAAUAAU